AUGCAGCUGCCGGCGCUCUUGCACGUGGUCGCCGACGCCGACUGGCCGCGGCUUCUCGCCGCGCUCACCGAGCUGCCACAGCCGUCGCCGCUGAGCUGCGACGGCAGCGGCUUGUCCGUGCUCCACUGGGCCUGUCUGCACCGCGACGUCCCUGCGUACAUCAUGGUCGCGAUCCUCAACGUCUUCCCGGAUGCUGCGGCCACCGCCGCGCCGGGCGGCGACACGCCCUUCGCGCUCGCAACCCGGCGCAUGUGCCGGCAACAAGUCUUGAACGUGCUCUUUGCCGCGUGCCCGGAUGCGGACUGCGGCACCAAGGCGGCGGUCCAUCGGUGUCGGCCGCUGCCGCCGCGGUGGCAAGAAGACGUCAAGUGCGGUCUCUGCUUGGCUGCGUUUACGCCGGCGCGCCGGCGGCACCACUGCCGCAACUGUGGGCUCAGCGUUUGUGCCGCCCAUAGCCAGCAAAAGGCGUCGCUGGCGAUGAUUCCAGCGGCGUCACCACAGCGUCUCUGCGACGUGUGUGCGUCGACGCUCGCGCAGUUUGCCGAUCUCGCCGACAAUCAAGGGGCCGAGUAAACGAGAGUACAUACACUUUUGAACUCCGA